CUUUUUUACGGUGUUAAAUUUAUCUUUUCACAUAACUGUUUCUUUAGUCAGUGUGUCGAAGUAAACGGCGACAAGCAGGGGCCUGGUGCGAGUUGAUGCAAAAAUGGGGAACAGCGAAGGUUCAGUAAAAGAUGAGGAAGAACUAUCCGUCCAAAUUUACGAAGCUGUGCACAAACUUUACCCUGAAAACAGUGAAAAGAUCACAGGGAUGCUUCUGGAGAGCGACCACGAGGAACUCAGUGUAUUAUUGAAUGGAAAUCACGAAGAACUACAAAAAAGAAUAAAGUUAGCAGCUGAUGUAGUCCAAGAAAACAAACCGGAUGUCAGUAAUGAAAGAGUCACAACAGAAGACGAAGAGUCGAUUGGAAAUAAGAUUUAUGGCACUGUGCAUCAAUUGUACCCAACAUAUGCUGGAAAUAUUACUGGAAUGCUGUUAGAAAUGGACAAAGAACAGCUUGUUUGCUUAAUAAAUGACAAGGAUAUAUUAUUAAGGUGUAUACACCAAGCAGCACAUGUUUACAUGGAAAGCCAAACAGAAAAGAAGCAAUUAAGUGGAGAUAGAGAGCAAAAUAUCAACCUGCUUGUUCCUAAAACUCACAAUAAUCAUGACAUACAAUCUCUAGAUGAAGGACAAGAGAAAGAACUUUUAGGAGAACAAUUAUACUUAAAAAUAGAAAGGAAACACCCUAAUGAAGCUGCAAAGGUUACUGGAAUGUUAUUGGAAAUGGAUGCACAGAACUUAAAACAGGUUUUGGACGAUUCUGCUUUGCUUGAUAAGACAAUUCAGGAAGCACUUGAAGUUUUGCACAAUGUUGAAAAUGGAAAAAAUGGUAUUUUCAGUAAUUUGAGUGAACAGGAAGCAAAGUACAACUCUAUUUCUCAUAAUGACACUAAUAAGACUCGCAAGUCAAGCAUGGAUCAUGAAAGGGACGAAUUAGUUGAACAAUUAUACCAUAAAAUUGUGGCAAGGCAUCCUACAAAGGCCUAUAAAAUUACUGGUAUGUUCCUGGAAAUGGAUACCAACUUUCUGAAACAACUCAAUGCAAACUCUGAAUUAUUUGAUAGACAGGUUACUGAAUGUCUUAAGGCGAUGGAGUAAAGUUGUUUGGUAGGGUAAUUCGGAAACCUUAUUUUACUAAGUAUGAUUUGUUUUGUUUUACAGAAGCCGGGUUUUCAAAACUUAAGGUAACUUGAACUCUUUUGCAAAACGUUGGUAACCAAAAAUGCAUGGGUGAGAUGUGUUUGCCCUUAUUUUCGAAUAUUAUUAUUUUGUUUGUGAAAUAAAGUGGGUGUUAUACUCUG